AGGGGAACCGCCCGGCGGCCGCGCCGACCCGACCCGCCGCGGGGCUCCGCGCCGCACGUGACUCUUAUGACUAUGUGAGAAGGAGCCAGCAGCGGGUCUUCUGAGCUUUGACUCUCAUAUUCAUAGUGAGCUUCUAACCUGAUGAAUCGAGUGCUCUGGGUAGAAAAGCAAUUUCAGGCGCUUCCAAGCACAGGGCUGGCGAGCAGAGGGGAGAGGAGCGCUGGCGAAGCCUGGCACGAACGCUGCCGGCAUGGGGAAGUUGAAAGGCAACUUUUAAUUUGAAGGAAGUUCGGCUCGCGAAGGAGACGCCGGCGAGAUCCUCAGGUCCGGGAGUUGCUCUGCUGAAGCGGCAGAGGGAUCGUAAAACGUUUCAGCUUGCAGAGGCCUGGCUGCUGUCUCCCUCCCCUCUUGCUGUAAGCGUUGCGUCUGGCUGGCAGCUGGGAAGAGGAAAAGUUGGCUGCUGCUAUCUGCCGCCUGAUUUCCAUGAGAAGAAGAAUGCCAACACGAAUAUGAAGUGAACCGUUUCCUAUGCUUGCCACAGCGCCUGAAUGCUCGUAUCGGGUGGCUAGAGACGGGGACUUGCCUCUCGCCAACCUGCUUCCUCGGACAAGAUGAAGCCAAGGAGGAGUUUUCUGACGCGCUGGAGUCGCAGUGACUGCUGCCCAAUUUAAAAUCGAUGUCAGACUGUGCCCCGGCUGCCUGGCGAGAUGAAAGAAGUGGUGUUGUGGUCACCCGAGGAGGUGACGAAUUGGCUAACGGAAAACGCUGUGCCGGAGUAUUGUGAGCCAUUGAAGAGCUUCACCGGGCAGGAUUUGAUCAACCUCACGGAGGAGGAUUUUAAGAAGACGCCUCUCUCCCGGGUGUCUUCCGACAGCGGACAGCGGCUAUUGCACAUGAUUGAAACUUUAAAAAUGGCUCACCACAUCGAGGCUCACAAAAAUGGGCACGUCAACGGGCACAUCCGCAUCAGCAUGAGCAACACCACGCGCGAGAAUGGCUUUAGCAGUAAAAUGAAGCUGAACGGGAUGCCAAAUGGGUAUAAGAAGGAGAUGAUAAAGAUCCCCAUGCCAGAGCCAGAGCGCUCACAGUAUCCUAUGGAAUGGGGCAAGACUUUCCUGGCUUUUAUUUAUGCACUUUUUUGUUUCGUCUUUACCACAGUGACUAUCUCAGUCGUUCAUGAACGAGUGCCUCCCAAGGAGGUGCAGCCUCCCCUACCAGAUGCAUUUUUUGAUCGCUUUGAUCGGGUGCAAUGGGCUUUUUCUAUUUGUGAAAUCAACGGCAUGAUCCUUGUAGGACUGUGGUUUGUUCAGUGGCUGCUCUUAAAAUACAAGUCUAUAAUUAGCAGAAGAUUUUUCUGUAUAGUUGGCACACUAUACCUGUAUCGGUGUAUUACAAUGUAUGUGACUACACUCCCAGUACCUGGCAUGCAUUUCAAGUGUUCUCCAAAGCUUUUUGGAGACUGGGAAUCUCAUCUGCGAAGGAUAAUGAAAUUGAUUGCUGGCGGAGGAUUGUCCAUCACAGGAUCCCACAACAUGUGCGGCGACUAUCUGUACAGCGGUCACACCGUCAUAUUAACUCUUACAUACUUAUUUAUCAAAGAGUAUUCCCCACGGCGACUCUGGUGGUAUCACUGGCUUUGCUGGGCACUCAGCAUGGUUGGGAUGUUCUGCAUCCUCCUUGCUCAUGACCACUACACUGUGGACGUGGUGGUGGCUUACUACAUCACUACAAGACUUUUCUGGUGGUAUCACACAAUGGCCAACCAGCAAGUGCUAAAAGAAGCUUCCCAAACUAACCUCCUUGCAAGGGUCUGGUGGUACAAGCCCUUCCAGUACUUUGAAAAGAAUGUCCAAGGAAUUGUACCUCGCUCCUACCACUGGCCCUUCCCCUGGCCGGUGCUGCACCGGGGCAGGCAGGUGAAAUACAGCCGCCUGGUGAACGACACAUAACAGCGUGUCGACGGACAAAAUGGGGGGGAAAGGACCUGUCCCAAGUGCUAAGAACUCCGUAUGAGAAGAUGCCAUA